AUGGAGAGUGGUGACGAAGCUUUCCUUGCGUUCAUCAUCAUCUGGAUGAUUGUCAGCAGCUUGAUCAUCUGUUACCGUGGUGAUCGUUCCACUACAUCACCUCCCGAGACAAUAAUCUAUGAAACUCCACAGCCUCAACAAGACAUUGAAACCGGACAGAUAAAAGUAUUAACAUUCAAAGAUAUCAAAGAAGAAGAAGAAGAAGGAGGGUGCGAUUCUUGGCUUGAACAGAACCGGAGCUGUCCAAAUUGUCGCCGUUCUGUUGAUUAG